AAAAGGCCACCACAGUUCCUUGAAUGACAACAUUUCAAACUGACAGCAGAGUCCACUUCUUUCCCCUAUUUCCAUCUCUGUUCCCAAGCAUACGCUUUCUUCUUUUUCUUUUUGAUCAUAUACCAGUUAAAAACAAAACCAGUCAAGAACAAGCUGUGUGAAUUUUUCUUUGCCUAUGUUCAUGCCUGUACCGGCCAAAAAUGUCUACUCCGAAUAGUUUUGAAUGUGAACUGUAGACUAGAGGUUGCAAUUUUAAAGACUGACAAAAAAAAGUACUUGCACUUGACAUGGGGCAUAAUUAGGUGUCUGAAAACUGGGUUUCGGACGAAGCUUGAGUUUCCAACGUAUCAUCUAUCUGUUUUAAGCUUUGGAUUCAAGCUGACUCCAAGAAAGUUGGAUAUUUGAGAUAGAGAAGGAGAUAUGUGGGGAUCCAGCAAUAUGAUUGCUGGUGGGAGGUCAAACCAAUGGCGGUUGAUAUCGACAGCAUUCGUAUUGAUUGGUUUUCUUGCUGUGGAUUUGGUACUUGUUACAGCAGAACCAAGAUUGAGUCAAGCAGUUUCAGGUUACAAUGAGACUCAAGAGAAAAACUAUGUUCGGAAAGCACUGAAGUUCUUAGAGCUGAAUAGUAAACCACGAUAUGAACAUGAAUGGCCAGACAUGCGAUUUGGCUGGAAAAUUGUGGUGGGUUCAAUACUUGGAUUCGUUGGGGCAGCCUUUGGGAGUGUUGGAGGUGUAGGUGGGGGAGGAAUUUUUGUUCCCAUGCUUGCCUUGAUUAUUGGGUUUGAUCCCAAAUCAUCAACAGCAAUAUCGAAAUGUAUGAUUACUGGUGCAGCAGCUGCAACAGUUUGUUACAACAUAAGGCAAAGGCAUCCUACACUUGAACUACCUCUUAUUGACUAUGACUUGGCGCUCCUAUUUCAACCAAUGUUGGUUCUGGGAAUUAGUAUUGGAGUUGGCUUCAACGUGAUCUUUGCUGAUUGGAUGAUCACAAUUUUGCUAAUUAUUCUCUUCAUAGGCAUGUCAACUAAGUCAUUCUUCAAAGGUGUUGGAACAUGGAAAAAGGAAACCAUAAAGAAAAAGGAAGCUGCAAGACAGCUAGAAUUAAAUGGAAAUGCAAGAGAUGCGGUGGAAAUCAAAACGGAACAUGAAGCCACUACAAAUGACACCCAAACAGGAGACAAAGAAUUAGGAAAAUCAAAGGUGUCUCUUAUUGAGAACAUACGCUGGAAGGAACUUGGCCUUCUCAUCGUUGUCUGGAUUUUAAUUCUUGCUUUACAGAUUGCUAAGAAUUACUCAACAACCUGUUCGGUAGAAUACUGGGUAUUAAAUUUCUUGCAGAUCCCAGUGGCUGUUGGAGUAUCUUCAUAUGAGGCAGUCUGCCUGUACAAAGGGAGGAGAAGAAUUGCAUCCAAGGGGGAUGUUGUUGCAAACUGGCGAGUACACAAGCUUGUGAUUUACUGUGCCUUUGGUUUGUUGGCUGGAAUACUCGGUGGGAUGCUUGGCCUCGGAGGAGGAUUCAUUUUGGGUCCUCUUUUCCUGGAGAUGGGAAUCCCCCCUCAGGUGUCAAGUGCCACGUCCACCUUUGCCAUGCUUUUUUCAGCAUCCAUGUCAGUUGUUGAAUACUAUCUUCUGAAAAGAUUUCCAGUUCCUUAUGCUCUCUACCUUUCUCUUGUGGCCACAAUUGCUGCAUUUGUUGGGCAACAUGUAGUAGGAAAAGUGAUCAAAAUCCUAGGCAGAGCAUCUAUAAUCAUCUUCAUUCUAGCUGGCAUGAUCUUUGGGAGUGCAAUUUCACUAGGUGGGUUAGGCAUUGCUAAGAUGAUCAAAAGGAUUGAAAGAAAGGAGUAUAUGGGAAUUGACGACAUUUGCUCCUAUCAGCCCUAGCAGCAAUCUCAAGAGUAGGAGGAGAAGUACAAAUCCUGCUCCCCUAAAGCAAUUGUCAAAACAGGGGACAUUCAAAGUACUAGUACACAUUGUGUCUUAAGAGGCAGAGACUCAGCAUUAAUUUCCUUUGUUUUUUUUUAUUUCUCUAUCUAUGAACUAAUCUUCUACUCACCUGCGCUGCACUCAAUAUUUUUGCUAUUUCUAAUUAAUUAGUGAAACGUACAAUAUGAUAUUUGUAACAAUGGUAUCAUUAUUCAUAAACAUGAAAAUGGAAAUUCAAGAGAAA